CAGUUGCAUCUCGAAACAGGCCACGGCAGGCCCCUAUGACUCUACGAGCCAAGCGCGUGUUGUUCAGGAGAGGCGAUGGGAGUGAUGAAAGAGGUGACGGGUGAGGCGCAGAAAGGCGGCUCAAAUCGGUAAGCUUAUCCUCCCUCGAACUCAUCCCCCGCUCGGCAGGUGACGACGUGCGACAACGUUGAGGCUUGUGAGUACAUACGGACUCCAACUGCGGUUGCUGUCCUACAUAUUCAUCGUGACACCAUGGCCCCUAUUCCUUAUCAAAUUGCUGUUCCUGAAUCCCGUCUCGAAGACCUCCGGAAGAGACUUGAUCUCGCUACCUUCCCGGACGAGCUUGAAGACGCGGAGUGGGCUUAUGGAAGCCCUCUGGCUGAUGUCAAGAGGCUGACGUCGUACUGGCGGAACACAUUUGACUGGAGAAAGGCAGAGGCCAAAUUGAACGAGCUUCCUAACUUCAAGGCAAAUGUGACCAUCGAUGGCUUUGGUGAAACCGAAUUGCACUUUUUGCAUCAGCCAAGUCCCGCACAAGAUGCUGUUCCGUUGCUCUUCGUUCAUGGCUGGCCUGGCAGCUAUAUCGAGGUGACCAAGAUGCUAUCAUCAUUGGCAGGAGAUGCCAAUGGUGUCAAAUUCCAUGUUGUCGCGCCCUCUCUACCAAACUAUGCUUGGAGUGCAGGAAUCAAGAAGAAAGGGUUUGGUCUUGGUCAAUACGCUGAAGCAUGCCACCGCUUGAUGCAGCUUCUUGGAUACAAGAGAUAUGUGACACAAGGUGGAGACUGGGGCAUGUACAUCACUCGCAGUAUUGGUCUACUUUACCCAGAGUCUUGCUUGGCUUCUCACAUUAACAUGGUUCGAGCGUUCCCUCCAGAGUGGUCAGAGAGCCCUUUGCUGGCACUUCAGCAUGCGGUGACCCCUUACACUGAAGAUGAACAAAAGGGUCGGGAAAGAAGUGACUGGUUCGCCAAUGAGGGAAGCGGCUACAGGACAAUUCAGAGCACCAAACCUCAAACCGUUGGUUAUGGACUCACUGACAGUCCUGUUGCACUGCUUUCUUGGAUAUACGAAAAACUCCAUGACUGGACUGAUCGCUAUCCAUGGUCAGACGACGAGAUUUUAACCUGGAUAUCGAUCUACUGGUUCUCGCAAGCUGGUCCUGCGGCUUCUCUGAGGAUUUAUUACGAAGCCACACAUACUUCGGCUGAAGCAACUCGCGACCGUGUUCAGCAUUGGAUUGGUGGAGUUAAGCUUGGACUGUGCUAUGCACCAAAGGAGCUCACCAUUGUGCCCCGAACCUGGGGAAGAACUCUCGGACCAGUCGUUUUCGAAAGCGAGAAGAGAUGUGGUGGGCAUUUCUUAGCCUAUGAGCAGCCUGAAGAGGUCGUUUCCGACCUUCGAGCCAUGUUUGGUACCUCGGGUGCAUGUCAGGAUAUCAUAAGUCUUAAGAGCCGGAAGGCAGCUCCUCAAGGCUCCUUGCCGUUUUGCUAGUGAUGUCUUGUCCCUUACGAUAAUAACUUGAAAUCAGACAAGUCCUUUGAUUGUCCU